AUGGCAACAGAUGAGACCACACCGCUGCUUCCUGGCCGCAAGGCCUUGGUCUCGGUCAGCCAGAAGAGAAGCUUCAGAGACUCGCUCAGCGGCAUCUUCACCAAUGUCGAGAACCGCAUUUUGGCGGCCGGGUUUCUAAUCUGCGUCGCGUUUAGCUAUACUCAGGUACCCCCAUGCUUACAUCCAGAGAGGCUCAUGUAUGUUUUCCAUCUUAUGGUAUGCGACGAAUUCUACGACCACAACCCUCCAUUUGAAGGCCCCGGCCAGCGAUGCAGUCGCGACGAAAUCGCAGCGGGGACCGCCGCUCAAUUCAGUAUUCUGGGAAUGAGCACGACACUUUGUGGAUGGACUGUCAAAAAGAUUGGCCCUCGCUCUGCUCUCAUGAUUCAGACUUUCGUGCCCGCUCUUCGAGUCCUUGCACAGAUCCUCGGAGUCAUGGCCGGCAAGCGAACAGGCAUUCUGAUCAUCCAGGCCACGCAGCUUGUCACCAUUAUUGGCGGCCCAGCCGGCUACAUUCUCAUCACCAACAUCUUUGUCAGUGAACUGGUUGAGCCUGCUCGGCGGACGGUUGUCUUUGGAAAGCUACAGGGAAGCAUCAUGCUCGGACAGAGUGUCGGGUAUUUGGCUGGCGGAAUACUUGGAGACGCAAUCGAUAUCCGAGCGCCCUUUGACAUCGCCUUCAUCACCUUUCUCAUAUCCUGCACCUACAUACACUUUGCUCUCCCAUACAUUUCUCCAGAGUCCAUGAGUAGCAAGAAGAAGCCCGGCCAGCAGGGCAUUGCAGGCUUCUUCGCCCCGCUCAAGAUUCUUGUUCCCCAGCGCGUCAGAACAUCAAGCGGCGGCAUCAAGAAGCACUACGGCGUCAUCGUUCUCUGCGCCGGCAUCUUCCUUGGAGUGCUCGCAACGGACUAUGCCCCUAUCCUAACCCAGUUGUAUGCCACCGCGGCAUUCGACUUUGAUCAAGGAGACAAUGGAUGGCUCAUGUUCGAAUUCGCCUUUAUGCGAAGCUUUUUCCUCAUCGUCUUGUUCCCGUGUAUCAUCAACUUCGGACGUUACAUGCUCAAGCGUAAUUCCGACUCAAAGCCUGAAGACACAGACGAUUCGUCUAUUUCUACAGUGGAUGAUCAACUGCCUACUGAGCCUGGGGAAUUUGACGCAACAACCGGUGAACAGGCGGAUAUCGAGCCAACAAGACCAGUCGCUUCAGAACACCACCACGAGGUUGGCCACUUUGACCUCAUCUUCCUCCGAUGGAGUCUUGUCGUCGACGGUGCACUCACCAUUGUCGUUGCAUUCGCCACCAAGAGAUGGCAUAUUUAUCUCGCCGCCUUUCUCCUCCCUUUCGGCUCCGGCUCUGCACCAGCAGCCAAAGGCGUCAUCACCGAUAUGUGUUCAGAAUCUCAUCGCGCAGAUGCCCUAAACGCCGUGACACUCGUAGAGAAUAUUGCCAGAUUAACAACGCAGGGUCUAUUUGGGUUAAUCUUUUCGAGCCUGGCCAGUGUGGGCAAAGCGUAUGCGACGUUUUACUGCAACGCGGCAAUCGCCGUGAUUGGAAUGACCGUGUUGUUAUUUUCCAAUUUCCCACCUCCGGGCAGUACGCUGAUUGACGAAGAAAGUGAAAGAAUAGAUGAGAGUCGAAACGAGGGAGAGGAUACAUCAUCGCCAUGA